AUGGCAAUUACCCAUUAUCACUUACUUCAGUUAGUGCUUCCGUUGCUGACGCUACUUAAUGUAGUUAUUGGAGCAGAUGAAGCAUGUUUACCAACAGCCGAAAGACAAGAUGGGAUGAAUGUUAAGUUUUACCCGUAUAAACUGUACGAUUCCUCAACGUACGCUAGUACCGCAUACAUGGGGUACGGUUACGCCAACGGAAAGUCACUAGGUGCUGUUACCGGGCAGACAGAGUUGUCUAUUGAUUUUUCUCCCUGUACGGGAGUAACAAACUGCCAGGAUUGGCUUCCAGUGUGGAGUACAGACUUGUUUGGAUUUUAUACCACGCCAACUAACGUAACUUUGGAAAUGACAGGAUAUUUUUCCCCCCCCGAGACUGGAACGUACACAUUUGUCUUCAAAGGAGUGGAUGAUUCGGCUAUCUUGUCUUUUGGUGGCGGUGCUGCUUUCGGAUGUUGUGGCCAGAGCCAGCCUCCUCCUGAAUCGACUGAUUUUCUAAUCAACGGUAUAAAGAGUUGGAACUCGGGCGCGGACGCAGGUGCUGAAGGGAAUGUCACGUUGUAUGCUGGUUUCUAUUACCCAAUGAAAAUAGUGUAUUCAAAUGCAGUUUCGUACGCUAAACUUCCAAUAGGUGUAUAUCUUCCUGAUGGAAAAUAUGUGGAAGACGAUUUUACUGGAUAUGUUUAUUCUUUCCCGGAUGAUUUGGCGCAGGAGGAUUGUAGUGUUCCAGAUCCUAAAAAUUAUAUCAAACCGAUUACCACCACCACUACCGAACCAUGGACUGGCACAUUCACUUCCACCUCUACUGAAACUACCACUAUUACCGGGACUGACGGUAUUCCUACUGAUGAGAUCAUUAUCGAAAUCAAGACUCCAACAACUGCUAGUACCAUCACCACCACUACCGAACCAUGGACUGGAACAUUCACCAGCACUUCUACUGAAAUGACCACUGUCACCGGUACCGAUGGCGUGCCAACUGACGAAACCGUCAUUGUUAUUAGAACUCCAACAACUGCUAGUACCAUCACCACCACUACCGAACCAUGGACUGGAACUUUCACCAGUACAUCUACUGAAAUGACCACUGUCACCGGUACCGAUGGCGUGCCAACUGACGAAACCGUCAUUGUUAUUAGAACUCCAACAACUGCUAGUACCAUCACCACCACUACCGAACCAUGGACUGGAACUUUCACCAGUACAUCUACUGAAAUGACCACUGUCACCGGUACCGAUGGCGUGCCAACUGACGAAACCGUCAUUGUUAUUAGAACUCCAACAACUGCUAGUACCAUCACCACCACUACCGAACCAUGGACUGGAACUUUCACCAGCACUUCUACUGAAAUGGCCACUGUCACCGGUACCGAUGGUGUGCCAACUGACGAAACCGUCAUUGUCAUUAGGACUCCAACAACUGCUAGUACCAUCACCACCACUACCGAACCAUGGACUGGAACUUUCACCAGUACAUCUACUGAAAUGACCACUGUCACCGGUACCGAUGGUGUGCCAACUGACGAAACCGUCAUUGUCAUUAGGACUCCAACAACUGCUAGUACCAUCACCACCACUACCGAACCAUGGACUGGAACUUUCACCAGUACAUCUACUGAAAUGACCACUGUCACCGGUACCGAUGGUGUGCCAACUGACGAAACCGUCAUUGUCAUUAGGACUCCAACAACUGCUAGUACCAUCACCACCACUACCGAACCAUGGACUGGAACUUUCACCAGUACAUCUACUGAAAUGACCACUGUCACCGGUACCGAUGGUGUGCCAACUGACGAAACCGUCAUUGUCAUUAGGACUCCAACAACUGCUAGUACCAUCACCACCACUACCGAACCAUGGACUGGAACUUUCACCAGCACUUCUACUGAAAUGACCAGUGUCACCGGUACCGAUGGUGUGCCAACUGACGAAACCGUCAUUGUCAUUAGGACUCCAACAACUGCUAGUACCAUCACCACCACUACCGAACCAUGGACUGGAACUUUCACCAGCACUUCUACCGAAAUGACCACUGUCACCGGUACCGAUGGUGUGCCAACUGACGAAACCGUCAUUGUUAUUAGAACUCCAACCGGCGAAGGUUUAAUCACCACCACUACCGAACCAUGGACUGGAACUUUCACCAGCACUUCUACCGAAAUGACCACUGUCACCGGUACCGAUGGUGUGCCAACUGACGAAACCGUCAUUGUUAUUAGAACUCCAACCGGCAAAGGUCUAAUCACCACCACUACCGAACCAUGGACUGGCACCUUCACCAGUACAUCUACUGAAAUGACCACUGUCACCGGUACCGAUGGUGUGCCAACUGACGAAACCGUCAUUGUUAUUAGAACUCCAACCGGCAAAGGUCUAAUCACCACCACUACCGAACCAUGGACUGGAACUUUCACCAGCACUUCUACUGAAAUGACCACUGUCACCGGUACCGAUGGUGUGCCAACUGACGAGACUAUCAUUGUUAUUAGGACUCCAACAACUGCUAGUACCAUCACCACCACUACCGAACCAUGGACUGGAACUUUCACCAGCACUUCUACUGAAAUGACCACUGUCACCGGUACCGAUGGUGUGCCAACUGACGAAACCGUCAUUGUUAUUAGAACUCCAACCGGCGAAGGUUUAAUCACCACCACUACCGAACCAUGGACUGGAACUUUCACCAGCACUUCUACCGAAAUGACCACUGUCACCGGUACCGAUGGUGUGCCAACUGACGAAACCGUCAUUGUUAUUAGAACUCCAACCGGCAAAGGUCUAAUCACCACCACUACCGAACCAUGGACUGGCACCUUCACCAGUACAUCUACUGAAAUGACCACUGUCACCGGUACCGAUGGUGUGCCAACUGACGAAACCGUCAUUGUUAUUAGAACUCCAACCGGCAAAGGUCUAAUCACCACCACUACCGAACCAUGGACUGGAACUUUCACCAGCACUUCUACUGAAAUGACCACUGUCACCGGUACCGAUGGUGUGCCAACUGACGAGACUAUCAUUGUUAUUAGGACUCCAACAACUGCUAGUACCAUCACCACCACUACCGAACCAUGGACUGGAACUUUCACCAGCACUUCUACUGAAAUGACCACUGUCACCGGUACCGAUGGUGUGCCAACUGACGAAACCGUCAUUGUUAUUAGAACUCCAACCGGCGAAGGUUUAAUCACCACCACUACCGAACCAUGGACUGGAACUUUCACCAGCACUUCUACUGAAAUGACCACUGUCACCGGUACCGAUGGUGUGCCAACUGACGAAACCGUCAUUGUUAUUAGAACUCCAACCGGCGAAGGUCUAAUCACCACCACUACCGAACCAUGGACUGGAACUUUCACCAGCACUUCUACUGAAAUGACCACUGUCACCGGUACCGAUGGUGUGCCAACUGACGAGACUAUCAUUGUUAUUAGAACUCCAACCGGCAAAGGUCUAAUCACCACUACUACCGAACCAUGGACUGGAACUUUCACCAGCACUUCUACUGAAAUGACCACUGUCACCGGUACCGAUGGUGUGCCAACUGACGAGACUAUCAUUGUUAUUAGAACUCCAACCGGCAAAGGUCUAAUCACCACUACUACCGAACCAUGGACUGGAACUUUCACCAGCACUUCUACUGAAAUGACCACUGUCACCGGUACCGAUGGUGUGCCAACUGACGAGACUAUCAUUGUUAUUAGAACUCCAACCGGCAAAGGUCUAAUCACCACCACUACCGAACCAUGGACUGGCACCUUCACCAGUACAUCUACUGAAAUGACCAGUGUCACCGGUACCGAUGGUGUGCCAACUGACGAAACCGUCAUUGUCAUUAGGACUCCAACAACUGCUAGUACCAUCACCACCACUACCGAACCAUGGACUGGAACUUUCACCAGCACUUCUACCGAAAUGACCACUGUCACCGGUACCGAUGGUGUGCCAACUGACGAAACCGUCAUUGUUAUUAGAACUCCAACCGGCGAAGGUUUAAUCACCACCACUACCGAACCAUGGACUGGAACUUUCACCAGCACUUCUACCGAAAUGACCACUGUCACCGGUACCGAUGGUGUGCCAACUGACGAAACCGUCAUUGUUAUUAGAACUCCAACCGGCAAAGGUCUAAUCACCACCACUACCGAACCAUGGACUGGCACUUUCACCAGUACAUCUACUGAAAUGACCACUGUCACCGGUACCGAUGGUUUGCCAACCGAUGAAACUGUCAUCAAGAUCAAGACACCAAACGGUGCCAGCUUAUCCAGUGUUUCAUCUUCUACAGCUGAUAUCACCAGUUCCUCUGUGUCUUCCCAUCCAAUCAUUACUCCCUUGUACCCUAGUAAUGGAACAUCGGCUGCUAGCUCUUCCGCAACUAGCUCUAGGGAACAACAAACCACACAGUCUUCAAUCUCCACUCUUACUGGUUCCCUUUCUAAGUUGUCUCAGUCAUCCAAAUCAUCUGGUUCUGCCACUUACUCAUCUGAAAGUCAAAGUAAUGCGAUCAUUUCCUCUACCACAUCCUCCACUACUACUUUUGCUAGCACAUCUAGUAAACAAACAGACAUUACAAGUUCUGCCACAGGAGUAAAAUCUUCUGGUAGUGAGACAGCGGUUAUCACUUCAACUACCACAACAAGUGAAAAAACCACCGUGGUCACCGUAACUUCCUGUGAAUCUCAUGUGUGUACUGAAACCGCUUCUCCCGCAAUCGUUUCUACGGCCACAACUACCGUUAAUGGUGCUGUCACAGAGUAUACCACCUGGUGUCCUAUUUCAACUACGGAAUCAAGGGACAAGACUACAGUAGUUACUGUAACUUCCUGUGAAUCUAAUGUGUGUACCGAGACUGCUUCUCCUGCUGUCAUUUCUACGGCCACAACCACAAUUAGUGGUGUUGUUACAGAACAUACUACUUGGUGUCCUAUUUCAACCACGGAAUCAAUAGAGAAAACUACACUCGUCACACCUGCUUCUUGUGAGUCUGGUAUUUGCUCGAGGACUGUAUCACCUGCUAUUGUUUCCACAGCCACCGCUACUGUCAACGAUGUCGUUACAGUUCAUUCCACUUGGAGCCCACAGACCACGAAUGAAGCGGCUAAUAGUUCUAAUGCCGCAACUAGAGUUAGUGGGUCUUCGAUAAUUUCAGAGGCCAUUAAGACAAAAACAACGAGCAGCGACAGCAUUACAUCUUUGGCUUCAGGAUCCGGAUAUGUUGAAACACAUACAACUGCUGCAACAAAUGUGAUCGAACACAGUAGCAAUAUUCUUUCGGCGUCCGGGACUGUUAGUAGCAAUAGUUUUACCACUUCCGGGUUGAUUAGUGUAUCCCAACAAUCUCGUAGCGCUUCUUCAAGUCAUAUAGUACCAUCUAGUACUGUCUCUUUAGAAAUGUCAAGCUACCUCGGUACUGCGAAUGGUCUACUAGCCAAUAGUGGUAUGAGUGUCUUCAUUGCCUCCCUAUUGCUGGCAAUCAUUUGA